AUGAGUGAGCCCGUGCCUAAGCAGCCCGAGGAGAGCACCAAUCUGUAUGAGGUGCUGGGUGUGGAGAAGUCGGCUAGUGAGUUGGAGAUUAAGACCGCGUACCGCAAACUAGCGCUCAAAUACCAUCCGGACCGAAAUGCCGGAUCAGUCGAAGCGGCGGAUAAAUUCAAGCAGGCCAGCGCCGCCUACGCCAUCUUGAGUGACCCCAACAAGCGUCGUCAGUACGAUGUAGCUGGAGAGAGUGGCAAGGACAUGGAGUUCGAGAGCGUGGACGUCGAGUCCAUGGGCGGAUUCGGCCGCGUCGUUGGUGCACUGUUUACCAAGAUCGGAAUGCCCAUUCCCACGCAGAUCUCGCAGACUGUGCUGUCCGCUGCGCGCGACUUGUGUGAUGAGCGCAACAACUCAACGCAAUUGCCUCAGGUCACGCAAAUGGUCUUCGGAAUGGAGCGCCACGCGAAGGUGGACAAACAGGACGCGCACUUCUACAAACUGCAGGUGGACAAGGACCGCGAGUCUGUCGUCUUCAUGUGUCGAUCGGCCAGUAAGAGCAAGUUUAAAUUGGUUCUGUUCGACCAGCACGGAGCUGUGCGUAUGGUGCAGGAGUCGGUCAAGAAGGCGCGCUGCACUGCUGCCGACAUGUACUUAUCCAGCACCGUGGAACUCAUGGAUCUCAACCCAGAGUUGUGGCCUGGAGCCAACAGCGACUCGGAACUGCCCGAAAUCUUCAGUAAAUUGUCGCUGUUUGAAGUGCGACGCACUGUGCCACUUGAGAAGGGCGAGCACUUGUUCUGCGUCUAUGGAGACAACUGGCUGUCGGCUGUCAAGUACUCGAUCAAGUGUCUGAAGAUCGACGAGCAAUCUCCAGCACUGCGCAACAUCCAGCAGAGCGAACACGAGCUGGCUGGAAUCAAACACGAGCUAGACGGUCUUCAGAAAGAGUACGUGGCUGCCAAGAAGGCGUUCGAGGAGGUUUGUGCACGUGUGGAGGCCAAGCAGAUCCGCACGGAGGAGCUACUGCAGGAGCGCGAGCAGUCGUAUGAGGCGUUCCUGGCUGGAUGUGAUCCCAAUCAGAAUGUUGGUCCUUUUGACGAAGCACGUGGUUCUAACACGUCUCAAAACGGACAAAAGGGAUCAUCGAAUGAGUCUGCCAGCCCUGCUGGUGGCAUCCGCAACAUCUUUGGAGGCUUCCAGAACCGCUUCUUCGCUGGAAAGGAGCGUACCGGAUCCAUGGACUCUGCCAGCAACACCACCUCUCACAGUCAUUAA